AUGGAUAGAGACAAAAGCAUACAAGAGAAACAGCAGCAGCAGCAAACAGUUGCUGCUGCUGUUGCUGCUGGGGGAGAAGAAGCAAAUGCACUGGAGCAGCCAAGCAGCAGCAGCAGCAGCAGCAGCAGCAGCAGCAGCAGCAUAAGCAGCAGCAGAAAGGAAGUGAACUGCAAGCCUGCUCUCGAGCUGCUGCUGCUGCUGUGCAGCAGCGACACCCCAGCAGCACUAUAUGAGUCGUUGCUGCUGCCAGUGCUGCAGAGUUUACUGCUGCUGCUGCAGCAGCCAUCGCUUGCUGCUGCUGCUGCUGCAGUAGCUGCUGAGCUGUCUAUACACCCCAGAGCUAGAAAAGAACUCGCGCGGCUAGCAGCAGCAGAUGAAACAACAGGGGGGUUGCUGCUGCAUUGGGGAGCAUCAGCAGCAGCAGCAACAGCAGCAAAAGCAGCAGCAGCAGCAGCAGCAGCAGCAGCAGCAAAAGAAAAAGUUGCUGCUGCCUGCAGCAAGGAAGAAGGCUGUGCAUUAGCGCUGCAGCAGCACAUCUGCUCCAAAGCAGAAUAUAUCCUGCAGCAGCAGCAGCAGCAGCAACAGCAGCAGCAGCAGCAGCAGCAGCAGCAGCAGUUGCUAGCUGCAGCUCGGAGGUGUCUAUGCAACUUUGCCCUCGAAGCGCCGAUGCGGCGGGCGCUGCAGCAGCAGCUGCAGCAGCAGCUGCAGCAGCAGCAGCAGCAGCAGCGGCGGGGAGAGCCGUUGCUGCUGCAGGCGCUGCUGCCAACAGCAGAGGAGGCAGCAGCUGCUGCUGCAGCAACACCAGCAGCAGCAGCAGCAGCAGCAGCAGCAGCAAUCGGCAGCAAGUUGGAUCUGCUGAUAAAUUUAACUAAGAGCCAACAAAUAAGAAAAGAAAUAUGCAGCAGCAACUCAGCAGCACAGCAGCUCGCGUUGCUGCUGCAUGCAUUGACAUCCAGCAGCAGCAGCAGCAGCAGCAGCACCAGCAGCAGCAGCAAGAAGCAAGGUGCAGCAGCAGCAGCAGCUACUGUUCCGGUGCUGCUGCUGCAGCUGAUGGCUCCAGGACACCGCAGGCUGCUGCUGCUAAACCAACUCUUUGGUUUGCUGCUGAACCUCACCACAGAUGCUGCUGCUGCUGCUUCUGCUGCUGCUGCAUUUUUGAAUGGCCUGUGCCUCUCAGAGGUUGCUGCUGCUGCUGCUGCUGCGUUUGCUGCUACACAAGCUAUAGCAGCAGCAGCAAAGGCAAACGUAGCUUACGAUGCAGCAGCAGCAGCAGCAGCAGCUCAGCUGCUGCAGCGAUCCCUCUCUGUUGCAGCUCGCAUGCUCCAGCACCAGCAGCAGCAGCAACCCCAGCAGCCGCAGCAGCAGCAGCAGCAGCAGCAGCAGCAGCAGCAGAUGAGAGUUCCUGCUGCUGUGCUGCAGGCUGAAGCAGCAGCAGUGGCAGUAAUAAGAAGUGCUCAGCAGCAGCAGCAGCAGCAGCAGCAGCAGCAGCAGCAGCAGCAGCAGCAGCAGGAGCAGCAGCUGGUGCCUCUGCUGCAGGCAGCAGCAGAAGCUCUAGACUUCGAGCAGCAGCAGCAGGUGCAGCGCAACGCAGCAAUUUGCAUCGCCACAGCAGUGCAGCAUUCUGAGGUGUAUAGGCACCUCCUAUGGAGACAGCCCCUCAUCACCAAAGUCAUCGCUUCGGCUAGGCACGGGAUACAGGCCAGAACCAGCUAG